AUGGAAGAACAGCAGAUAUUUGAUGACGACGGGCAAGAACACGACGACGGGCAAGAUGACUCAGCAAACUACCCAAAGCCAAAACGCCAGGACAUCAUCAAGCUGCUGGAACUCGGACCCUUCUGCACGACCGUGACGUCCAGAGGCAUCGCCGGGAGCCCCCCGAUGAAUGAAUCCCUGACUGGCCAUCGGGUGAAAUUUGUCUGUAUAUUGGGAGCGGUGAGCAGAAGAGAUUUGCUUGACAGGCUUUUGAUGUGCCCAAGGUGGAAGGCCAUGACCAAUUGCACAGAGCAGCAGUACUGGGACAACCUCCUGUGCCAAUGCAUCUCCUGCAGAGUUGCAUGUAAUCGGCCCAGUGUGGAGAGAUGCACUACCUUCUGCGUGUCAAUGGAAUGCAGCAAGCGACCCGGCUACUACUACGACGAGCUCUUGAGAAGAUGCAUCAACUGCUCGGGCAUCUGUGGGCAGCACCCAAGCCAGUGUCUCCAGUUCUGUGAGAAUAAACUGGUAACUACCUCAUCCAGAAUGGCUGCUCUGGAGCAGAAGCUAGGCAGUGAUCAGGACCAAUGGCUGGUUGUCUACCUGCUGCUGGCGCUCUGCCUUUGCACCGUGAUCUGCUCUUUGCUGGUGGGCUGGACCCACUUCAAAAGGAGGGGAGCGGAGGUCUCCUGCCAGCCCACCCCUGGGACCUGCCACAAGAGGGAGGACUCCUCAAAAGAUCACUUAGUGGAAGCGGGGAGCGUUGGAGGCGGCUCCAUUGGGAGCAGACUACCAGAGCCUGUGGAAACCUGUGGCUUCUGCUUCCCUGAACAAGGGCCUGCCAUGCAGGAGACUAAAGCAUGUCACAGCUCCGUCUAUCGUCCUGGAACAAGGGCUACUGCCUCGCAGGCUGGGAUAUCCAGCACAGGAAGUGCUGGGGCUAUCCCCACCCCUGAGGAUGGCCAUUUCAAAAUCAUCUGCUCCCCAUCACAAGAGAAGACACCGAUGACAUGA